GUUUUGUUGAAAGAUCGACAAAGUGACCGGUCAGAGCAAAGUGGAAGAAGGUAGAGAACAGUGAUUCUACGCUUCGAUUCCAAGACAAGUCUUCAUCUUUCUAAGAUCGAAGAUCUCUGUUUCGUCUAAUUCGAUAGAAAGGUGAGAUUUUUAAUAUUGAGCUUUUGAAUCGGAGAAGAUGGACAACAAAAACGUCGUCGUUUGCGACAACGGCACCGGCUAUGUGAAAUGUGGAUUUGCUGGAGAGAACUUCCCAACAUCUGUUUUCCCUUGUGUUGUUGGAAGGCCGUUGCUUCGGUACGAAGAAUCACUCAUGGAGCAGCAAGUGAAGGAUAUAGUUGUGGGGGAGACUUGUGCUGAGCUGAGGCAUCAACUGGAUAUAAACUAUCCUGUCCACAAUGGUAUUGUACAGAAUUGGGAAGACAUGGAACAUGUUUGGGAUCAUGCUUUCUACAACGAGUUGAAAAUCAAUCCAUCAGAUUGUAAGAUACUGCUCACGGAUCCACCACUUAACCCCGCCAAGAACCGCGAGAAAAUGAUUGAGACAAUGUUCGAGAAGUACAAUUUCGCCGGCGUUUUCAUUCAGAUCCAGGCCGUUUUGACUCUGUAUGCUCAAGGUUUGCUGACUGGUUUGGUUAUUGAUUCUGGUGAUGGUGUUACUCAUGUGGUUCCGGUGGUUGAUGGCUAUUCAUUUCCUCAUCUUACCAAAAGAAUGAAUGUUGCUGGCAGACACAUAACAGCAUAUCUUGUUGACCUCCUUUCUCGAAGAGGAUAUGCGAUGAAUAAAACGGCUGACUUUGAGACGGUAAGGGAAAUCAAAGAGAAGCUCUGCUAUAUAAGUUAUGACUACAAGAGGGAGUACCAGCUUGGGCUUGAGACAACCAUCCUUGUUAAGAACUAUACUCUUCCAGAUGGGAGGGUCAUCAAAGUAGGUACUGAAAGAUUCCAAGCACCUGAAGCUCUUUUCACACCGGAACUCGUUGAUGUUGAAGGUGAUGGAAUGGCAGACAUGGUUUUCCGCUGUAUUCAAGAAAUGGAUAUUGAUAACCGCAUGAUGCUCUACCAACACAUAGUUUUAAGCGGAGGAAGCACCAUGUACCCUGGAUUACCUAGCCGUCUUGAGAAAGAGAUCCAGGAUAGGUAUCUCGAUACAGUUCUCAAAGGAAACAAAGAUGGUUUGAAGAAACUCAGGUUGCGGAUUGAGGAUCCACCUAGAAGGAAACACAUGGUAUACCUCGGAGGCGCUGUUCUUGCAGGAAUCAUGAAGGACGCACCAGAGUUCUGGAUCAAUAGAGAGGACUAUAUGGAAGAAGGAAUUGGUUGCUUGAACAAGAUGAGCCAAGCUUGAUGAUGAUGAUGACACUCUAAAACAUUAAAACUUAAGUUUGUGGCAUGUGUUUGUAGGAUUCACCAACAUUUGAGGAUGUUUUAAUUGCAUUCUCUAAGUUCUUGUGUUCUUAGCACACACACACAUUCUCGCUUCUUGAUUAAAUAAAACAACUUUUAUGUUCUUCGCUAGUAGAAGCGACAUAGACAAUAACAGUGAAAGAUAGUUUUCUAAAUCUUUAGUUCUUGCCACACAAGGCAAGAUUCCUCUUGAACGGUCUGAAGUUCAAACCAUUGAAUCCAUAGAUACAGAGAUUAGACCGUUUAGACUUAAACACGACUUGAUCCGUGGUGCUUCUAUAACCAGGUACGUUGCAGGAAGAAUCUGAGGAGUCUCUUCUUCUUCCGACCAAACUCGCUUGACAAGAAGUCGCGAGACUGUCCACGUCAAGGUUAUCUAGUGAUGUUAUGGUUACCUUGUAGAGUCCAAACUCGUUAGUGGUUCUGUUUGCCGAGAAUGUUAUCAUCUCGUUUGUUGUCGACGAAGCUGAUUUGAGUCUGCAGACUAUGCUCACUUCCACUCCUGUGUCAAGAAAACGUUAAAAACAGAGUUUUUGAAGAAGAAUAAAAAGAGUUUCUUAGAGAUGUUUUUGAAUUACCAGACAUGAAGUAACUGUGUUUGGAAAAGCUGUUGUUGGAGCAUACAUCGCAGUAAACAAAACCCAUUAUAUUUAUUUCUGCAUUUGGCUUGGCUGAUGGAUGUUUCGGAGAAAGAGAGUCUACUAACAGAAGUUGCAGAAGAACAAACAAAAACAUUAUCUUCUUCAUCUUGACCAACAGGUUUUGCUUUGUUUAUGUGGUUGAUGUAAGGAAUAGUAUGGAACAAUGUGAACAAAUUGAACUAGUUACAGUCAAGAAGAGAUUGGAGCUCCAUUGAACUUGCUCCAAGCUUCUAUUAAUAUUCCUUUAUAUAGAGAGACUUAUGCAGUUAGCAUUAAGUAUAAGGACAAUCAAGAGAGUGGAGAGGGAACCAAGAGAGGCGCAUUUGGAGUGAAGAUUAUAAAUGUGAAGAGAGGGCCAGAAUUUAAGGCAAGAAGAGCUGAGAAGAUAGUGGAAAGACACUGCAUGAAAGUGAAGGUUAUAAAUGAAAGAAUAAAGAGGAAGACAGUGAAGUUAGGUGAGAAGACACUUAUUGAGAUCUCAUGCUCUUUGUUUCUUUUGGAGUUUUGUAUCUAAAUCCCAAAAAUUGGCCCUCUGUAAAGGAGAAAGUGAAGAGAAAGAUAAUGCCACUUAUAUCUUCUGCAUGGACCAUAUACCAUAUUAAAGUGCUUGUACUGGUUUAGUACUGGUUUUAGGUUAGUGAAGGACCGAAUACAGAUUUGUUAGCACAAGGUUUGGGCAGAUACUGGUGAAGACAAAGGUCUUCAAGUGUAAAGAUGAACAGAACCAUACAACAAAACAUGUUACAGAGUUCUAAUUGUAAAAGAGAACUCUUCUCUAUAUAAUAAAGAGUUCUCAUCACAAUGCAAGAGAAAAAAGCUUCAAUAGCCACUGAUGAUGCUUUCUUUGAACUUGGGGAUGAAUACCAUAAUAUGAACCUGUUAUCACAUUAUCGUACAUGAGCAAAAGCUCCUCUGCGGGGCGUCUUCCUCUUCGAUUUUCUUUUCUGCAAUAGAAUAAGAGAUAAACAACCACUGAUAUUAGGAGUGUUGUCCUGUUUUAUCUUUCAAGAACUCACAAAGCAUACAUUCCACAAGACAAAAUAUAAUAAGAAAUCAAGAGAACAAGACCUGAUUUUGCUUUUGUAGGAGACGGUUGCACGACAACAUGCAUUGUAAUGACUGACUUGGGGAGAUCAUCAAAUGGAGCUUUACACUGUGCAACAGUUUUGCCAUUCUCCAAAAUCUUACCAGCAUUUAUCAGCUUGAUGUCAUUAGCUGUUCUUGGAACAAUCUUCUUGUCUGAAAACAAAACAUUUCCAUUAUUAGAGAUUUUGCUAAAUACAGAAGAGCAAGACUAUGCAAGUGUGUUAAGAGAACUAGAACAGUCUUUGUCCUAGAGUCUCUAGAGAGAUGUUUGGUAGGGUCAAUAGUCUAAAGACAAGUGAUUAGUGAUACAGUCAGAUCUAUAACUAGCCUAGACUUAUGUAAGAAACUUAAACAAUGGAUGAAGCAAACAUAGAACAGUUACUAAACACCAAAUCAAAAGCAUUCAAGAACAUUUUGUACCAACCAAUGACUAGCUCUCACCUUUAGGCCACUCUGAUAUGAUUCUCUCCUUAAGCAUUGAGACUGUGGCCGUUGGAGAGUAAUGAAACGGGCCAACAUCUGAACCGUCAUAUAACCGGAAUUUAAGUUCUACCAAAUCUUCCUCCGGCAUUUGAUUUCUCUUUUUCUCCCCCCAAAAAAAGCCAAAACUCUCAGAUAAUCUCAGCAGAAGUAACUUUUUUUCCUGUAGUAGUAAGAGCAAAAGAGAGAUUGUCAAAAUUUGAAGGGAUCAGUUACAAAACUUCAGUUAUUGUCUCAAAAUCAAGAACCUUGGACCCAAUUAAUACAAAGAAAGAUUGUGUCCAAAAAAUCAAAACUCUGAACUCAUCACUUAUGUCCUAAACUAAACCUUCAUACAAAAUUAAAAGACCACACAUAAAUGUUUUUUUUUACAACACAUAAAUGUACUCGAACUAAGACAUUCACAUCAAGAUCCAAUAAACAGAAAUGUUGCUAAAUCUAAAAGGAAGAGAAUGGUUGCAGUAAACCUUAGAGAUAGAUUGCUUCAAUAAGCAGCUAUGGAUGGUAGGCAAAUAUUUUUCUGCGUUCACUCUUGAGACUGAGAGAUCGAGAGAAGCAAGAGGAAGACCCUUUAAAAAGGGUUUAUACGACCGCCUAGUCUUGGAAGUAUUGCUUUAUCUCAAAGUUUCUCCGUUAUUUCAUGUUGCCGCGUUACAGGGAAUCCCUGACGACGAGUAGAAGAAAGAUAAAGACAAGAAAAUGUGGAAAAGUAUGGUUCCCUUUAUUUUAUUAGUCAAAGAUUAA